GGAUGCCAUAUGGAAGGCUGCAAAGACAACAUAUGUACAAGCUUGGGAAAGAGAAAUGAGGGCUAUGAGGCUUAUCAAUGGUGAGGCAUAUCUGCAUAUGUUGAAGACAUCUCCCAGAUUCUGGAGUAAAUCACAUUUUAAGGUAACCAACAAAUGUGACACAUUACUCAACAACAUGUCUGAGUCAUUCAACAGUGUGAUACUUGAGUCAAGGUCCAAGCCUCUUAUAACAAUGAUUGAAGAGAUCAGAACUUAUUUCAUGGAGAGGUGGGCAACCAACAGGAUGAGGUUCCAAAAUCUGUCUGAUGAUGCAGUGCUACCAAACAUAAGAAAGCAAGUGGAGAAAACUAGUACAUGCACAAACAAUUGGAUUGUAAGGAUGUCUGAUGAACAUAUAUUUGAAGUUAAGCAUGUGCAAGAUCCAAAUGAGAUGUUUACAGUGAACCUGAAAGACAGCAAAUGCUCAUGUAGGAGGUGGGAACUAACUGGUUUGCCAUGUGUGCAUGCCUUGUCAUGCAUGAAGAGUAGGAACUUCAAAUUUGAAGAUUAUAUUCCUGAGUACUAUAAGAAGAGCAGGUACAUUGCAGUAUACAAACCAGUCAUUUACCCUGUUAAUGGUUCAAACCUAUGGGAAAAAACACAAUACCCAGAUGUGCAUCCUCCAAAGUACAGAAAGAUGCCUGGAAGACCAAAGAAGAAAAGGAAUCUGGAACAAGGAGAGAUAGAUGGGUCUGACAGAAAACUUAGGAGAACUGGGCUAAUUGUGAAGUGCAGUAGAUGCAAGAAAUCUGGGCACAACAAAGCCACAUGUAAGGUAACAGGGCCAACACAAACUACUGAAUCUACUCAACAAAACUCAACACAAACUACUCAACAAGCUUCUCAACAGGUUUCUACUCAGCCUACUCAACAGCAACCAACACAAGCUUCUCAGCCUACUCAACAGCAACCAACACAAGCUUCUCAGCCUACUCACCAGCAACCAACACAAGCUUCUCAGCCAACUCAACAGCAAACAACUCAGCCUUCUCAGACAUCCAGAAGCAGACAACCUGCUGCUCAGAAGGCAAAGAAAUUAGGAGUGAGAAGGGCACCAACACCUUGGGUACCACCUGGACCAACCACAAGAUUAGGAGCAUCAAGAAUUGGCCCAACUACUAGAAGGACAACUCCAACAAAGAGAAACUCAUCCAAGAAGAAUGUUUAGAAUUUUUAGGAUAUUUAGAUUGUUUAGACUGUUAGUUUCAUAUUUUGGCAGUGUCGCUUUUGGAACA